GUAGAAUUCUUAACAUCUUCCUAAAGCGAAAGCUAAUGCCGUGUUGGGUUCGUGAUUCUCAAAUUCUUCAAGGUCAAAACAAUUUCCCAGAAUCACGAACCUAAACCCUUCACACAUCUUCGAUUUCUCUCUCACGCCCGUGAUCCUGUUAAAGCUUCGUCUUGUAAUCGUACACCCUCUUUCGCUUUCGAUUUUGGUGGAGGAUUAACGAUUUUGCUCAAGACUUGAUUAUAAUCGUAGAGUAUUAUUUGGACCUGUACAGAUAGUAGUUACUAUCCAUGGGUUGGCUUAGCAGAAUUUUUAAAGGCUCCAACCAUGAAGUUUCAGAAGGGGAAUAUAACUGGAGAUAUGAAGAGAAUACAACAUCAGCAGGAAAUUACCCUUCUACAUCUUGGCAGGAUCCAGAGUCUGAGAUAGAAGAUAUUGAUCGUGCAAUUGCAAUAUCACUUGCAGAAGAAGAAGGGAGAGGGAAACAUGAUGUAAUUAGUGAUGAUUCUCAACUGAAAGAAGAUGAACAACUUGCAAGGGCAUUACAGGAAAGUCUUAAAGUUGAGUCACCACCCAGAAAUAGACAUGUAAAUGGAAAUGGAAAUAUUUAUCAACCUAUACCAUUCCCAUAUUCCACAGGAUUUAGGAUAUGUGCUGGUUGUAAUUACGAAAUUGGCCAUGGAAGAUUUUUAAGUUGCAUGGGUGCAGUUUGGCAUCCAGAGUGUUUUAGAUGCCAUGCAUGUAACCAACCAAUUGCUGAUUAUGAGUUUUCAAUGUCAGGAAAUUAUCCUUAUCACAAAUCUUGCUACAAGGAGCACUAUCAUCCAAAAUGUGAUGUUUGCCAACACUUUAUUCCAACAAAUGCUGCUGGACUUAUCGAGUAUAGGGCCCAUCCAUUUUGGGCCCAAAAGUAUUGCCCAUUUCAUGAGCAUGAUGGAACUCCUAGAUGUUGUAGUUGUGAGCGAAUGGAGCCACGUGAAACAAGCUAUGCUGCUCUUAAUGAUGGGAGGAAACUAUGCCUUGAGUGUCUUGACUCUUCAGUGAUGGAUACAAGUGAAUGUCAACCACUUUAUCUUGAUAUUCAAUUGUUUUAUGAAAGUAUAAAUAUGAAAGUGGAACAAAAAAAUUCCUUUACUUUUGGUUGA